AGUUCAAUUUUUGGGCUUCUUUCUGGGGAUCUUCAUCAACGUUUCGUGUGUCAGUCUCGAAAGCUCCGUGGAAGCGGCCAAACGCGUUUUUUUCUUCUUCUUACGAUCGCUCUCCCAGCGGCCACAGCCGAUAAACAAUUAAACAAUGCACUUGAAAGCCGUUCACACACUACUCUUGGCCAUUGUGGCCUGGCAGAUCUGCGGCAUGGAGCUGCGUCUGUGCGACGAUCGCAUAGUGUUCCCUGAUGAAAACAACGACCCAACAUUCUAUAACCUGACCAGCAGCAACAUUAGCAACAUUAACAGCAGCAGCAACAACAGCAAGAGCGCCAACAUUAGCUACAACAACAGCAGCAACAUCAGCAGCAGCAGCAACAUUAAUUUGAGCAACACCAGCAUCAGCAACAGCAACACUAGCAGCAACAGCAGCAACAUUAAUUUAAGCGACACCAACCUCAGCAGCAGCAACAUCACCAGCACGACGGAGUCACCCUUGGGCAACGGCACUUUGGAGGAGCUGCAUCUGCCGAACAGCAGCACAAGCACUACGGAGCUGCCCACGCUUGACAAUCGCAUUCUGGUGGACACUUUGCCAGUGUGUCCACCAGGCCAGAGUCUGCGAGCGGGACGUUGUCGCCAAUCUGCAUGAAAAUAAUAAAAGACUAAAAAAAAUCAAAAAUAAUAAUUUACAUGCAUAUGUAUAUAAAGUGUUAUAGUGAGUGUGUGUAUGAGAGUUUAAUUGCUUCGUAUCUGUUGUUUUCAGAUUUAGUUUUUUAAUUACCAAAACAAAGGCUGUCUUCCCAAUCAGACCGACUCUUUAAUAUACUUACUUUUAAGAUAGUUUCCGUAUACCUUGACGAGCAGCUGAUUGAGUAUUACAUAUUUUUGGUUUUAAACCAAUAUUUGAGUUAAAUGUUUGAUGUUAAUUCUGAAACUAUGUACAUGUAAAUAAAAAAUUUAUUUCGCUUCUUAAAAGCAAAAAUAUCCAUUAAAAGGUGCAGGCAUACCCAUAAGUAUUACCAUAGAUUAAUAUAUUUAAAAUAUUUCGUUCAGUUCAUAAAUGUUUUAAAAAAUUUAUAAUUAGAUAUUAAAUUUGAUUAUAAUCAAAAAACAGUUGACUUCUACUAUUGUAAAACUGAAACAAAUAGAAAUACUGCAAGUUAUCUAGAUAACUCAUCUACCAUAA